AUGGCCUCAAACAACUCCUCAUCUCCCGCGGACGACAAGGCAAAUGAGAUGUCCGGCAUCAGCAUGGUCACCGCAACCGCCUACCUCCGCAAACUACUGCGCGAUACUCCGCCAGAAGAACUUAGAAAGAUGCUGGACGACAUGGCGAAAGAACGCCAGGCUUUUCCCGAGGAACGACUUCGCAAGAAGGAAGCCAGGGACCUGUUGGUGGCAGCGCGGAAGAGAGCGGAAGCCCGUUGCGAUGAGCGGAGGGCUCAAAGAGACAGGGAUUUUGAGACAGGGAAAUGGGGGCCGAUUGAUAUUUCGCCUCCUACUAUGGAAUUAAUCGAGGACCAGGCCGAGUGGACUGAGGAGGAGAUCCCUGAGCUUGACUUGUUUGGUGGGUUUCAACUGUCGCGACAGCUGGACCACCUCGGACAUGAAGAUUCAGAGGCUGGAUACGAGUUUGCUCCGUUUGAGGAGGAUGAACAUAGCGAAUACUUGCCUCAGAGUGCUGCUCCGUAUGAAUCGGACUGGAUCCUUCCGUGGGUGGGCAUCCGCGAGGAAGACUAG